AUGGCUCUCGAUGAGCUGGCAGAAAAGGCUGGGGCAGGCGAAGAGGUUCGCCGAUAUCUGAAGCUUCGCGGAGCUGGCACGGAGGUGGUGAAGCUUGGUGACACAGAGAAGCCGAUAGCAGCUGCAGUGCUUUUAUUCAUGAGGCGCAUGGCGGUGCAGGCUCAGCAGGCAGCGGCCACUCCCGCAGCAUCUCCUUUGCCGACUGGGAUUGGUGCUUCAUUAGCCUCAGGCCCCACGAGCUCCGAUGACAAGGUUCCGAGGACCCUCCCGGCAAACGUCUGGUCUGAUCAGAUCAAGAAGUACGAGGCCACGGUCACUCAGGGACGGAGCCGGGCUUUCCCACAACGCCAGGUCUUGGGUGCUGAAGCCGCCUUGGCCAAACUCUGGCACUAUCUCAAGGUCACGCGCAGCUUCGCGCCGUUACCCCUGGGCGAGAUCCUCAGCCGUCGGAGCUUCGAUGCGACGGGGCAGGUGAAUGCGUUGUCAAAACGCAAGCACAAAAGUGAGCUAGUGGUCGACGUUGACCGCGACAGGCUGGUAGCUGAAGAACAGGACGAUAGCUGGGAGCCCCGCAGCAUGAUGGCCGUGUGCGAUGCUCUGAACGCUUUGAGAUGGGCCUACAUCCUCCUGGAGUAUGGCCACGAGUUCGACGUCAACGAGCUCUUCGACGUCCUCAUUCAGCGCAGCCAUGUGUGGCAGCUGUGCACCGAGCUUCGGAGCGGCAAGACCUUCACCGAGGCCAUGACAGUCGUCAAAGAAGACGUUCACUUGUACCAGGAGACCAUGUCGAAACCUCAGAAUUCUCCACAGAAGCCCGGGGGGGAUCGCAAGCGCAAGCUCAACGAGGACUCGCCGGCCAAGACGGAGACAUGGAAGCAGACCUCGGGGAAAUGGAUUGGGGACAAGGGCGGCCUCACCCAUACAAGGCGGCUUCACCGGAUGUCGGACAUGCUGACGAUGUGCGCCGGCCUGCAGUUCGUGCUCAGACGGAAGGGAAAAACACCUGUGACGUCCCUUCGCCUCGUGAUCCUCCUGGCCCACGACAAGGCGGGCAGGCAGGCGAUGGAGGGACAAUGUCGCGGCCAAAGCGGAGGCUCCUCCUCCGCCACCACCUCCUUUCCCGCCACAGCCACCGACUACCACAUCAGCGAGUUCGUCCAACGAGGCGGGGAUCAUCCACCUCGAUUUCUUCUCGGGGGUCGGGUCUGCCUCACUGGCUCUCAGCGGCUGGGCAGACCGAUCAGGUGCACCUUUCAGUGGGAGAUUGACGACGCAGCGAGGCGGGUUUCCAAGCUUGUUUCCAGCCGGGGCGAUCUUCGUCAGGACACUCCGGAGGCAGCGGCGAAGGCGAUUCGAGAAGUUCGGGGCGGUGAUCGAGAUGUGCUGCUGGUCACCGCGGCAGCACCAUGUCCGGAUUUUAGUCGCCUCAACGCAUCGGCGGGGGGGCGCUCGGGUGCUUCAGGCGACCUCUUUGUUGCCUUUGCAAAGUUUCUACGCAAGCUUCUGAGUUUCUUCCCGGGGCGGAAAGCUUGUUUGCUCGCUGAGAAUGUGCUGAUGCAGAACGCGGGUGAUGUGCAAUACUUUUCCCGUGAGCUCUGUGCCGAGCCGAUUAUUGCUGACGCCUCCGACUACCAGCUCAUCAGCAGACCGAGAUUGUGGUGGUCAUGGAUUCCUUGGACGGAUGUGGAUGUGUACCCUGAUACACAACAGAAGUUGCAAUGGAAGAAGGCGGACAACAGGCUGGCCAAAUUGCGACUAUGGGUGCCACCGGACACGGUUGCCGACAUGCAGCCAGACGGGCUGCAUUUUCAUCCCGAUGUCUUUGGCGGGCAAACACUUGUUGCCCUGUCUUACCACGCCUGCUCUGACAGAGUCUGGUGGCUUGAAGACCAUCGACAAUAUGCUCCUUGGUUCUAUGACGAGCGGAACAUGUUAACGGCCGGAGAUUCCUCUUUCCAUCUACUACCAGUGGAGACGAAGGAGGCCUUGCAUCACUUUGACCGGGGCUUCACGGCUCACCCGGACAACUCCGAGAAGGAUCGGAACAGAUUGUUAGGCAACAGCUGGCACGUUGGCGUCGCGCAGAAUCUGUUGCAUUUUGCUUUGAAGCACGGCAUUGUCGUGCUACCAGGCCCUUUUGGCCCAUCCGGGAGCAUUGCUUCUCAGAUGACUGAUUUAGCGUCGGCUACUAGAGUCGCUUCCCAAGAGCCUUUGCCCGUGCGGAGGGCAGCGGAAAUGAAUGAGCAUGCGCACAUGGUCCCAGUUCAGGGCAUGUGGGAACAUUGGCACGCAGCGUAUCAAGCAGUACACCCGGCACUGUUGCCCGUGGUGUUGGAUCCAGGUCUCGAGCUCACCAUUCGACGCCUCACACACUUGAGCCCUUCUAGACUCACAUCCCUUAGGGAACAGGUCAUCGCAGACAUUCAGCGACAGAAGGUUUCGAUGUCGGGUGCCACAGAUCGUUGGUUUCGCAGUUUACCCCAGCAUGUGCAGAGGGCAUACACUUUGGAGGACGGUGCCAUCGUUCAGAUCCCUCUGUUUAUUGCUCUGCUCCGAGGUUGCGGCUAUCCGGACUGCGACUCCCUGGAGGAGGCACUGACAUUCGGUUUUCCCGUCACUGGUGCCAUAGACCACACGCCUGGAUGGCGACCCAGAUUAGAUGAUAAAUACAGUGCACCGAUCUCCUCUGGUUCGUUUGCGGCACUCAAUCGUGGUUAUGUACUGCAGAAAUUGCAAAGGAGUCGCGUUGAUCCGGAGUGGCAGGCGCUGCUUUCGGAAAUCAUUGCUGAGGUGCACAAGGGCCGGAUGCAGGGGCCGUUCCGAGCCCCACCGGACUGGCCUCGCCAGUGCGUGCCGAUCCAUUCACAUUCGGGUUUUGCGUGCUGUCUGGAGCUGCCGGAAACUGACAUACGAGUUGCUGGCGCCUUCUCAGUCAAACAGACUGGGAGCGAUGGCAGCGAUAAGGUGCGGCGGUGUGAGGAUUACCGCCGCAGUUUUCAUAAUGCAACCGUGGGUGCAUCAGACAUUCCGGCACAUGACACGAUCCAUACUUUUGUCAGUGUUCUGUUACGGUUGCAGCGCGAGGGCUUCUUGACCAAGGUUUGGUGCCAGGACUUGUGGGCCGCUUACAGACAGUUUCCUGUCAGGGAGCCGCGUGAGGCUUUUACGCUGCUCGCCACGCCCACUGGACCCACACUGUGGUGUCAUGGAGUGCUCCCUUUUGGAGCAGCCUCGUCAGUUUGGUGCUUUAACAGAUGUAUUGAUGCUUUAGCAUAUUUGGCUAGAACGCUCUUGAUCAUUUUGAUCAUCCACUACGUGGGUGAUAUCGGGGGGCCCGACACGGCGGACAGUGCAGCCUCUGGCUUCUGGGCUUUUGCGGAGCUGUGUGAACUUCUGGGCAUGCGCCUGAAACCGGCGAAAGCUCAACCACCUGAUAUAAGACAUAAGUUGCUUGGGGUGAUAUUGGAGAUCCUCCCGGAGGGGAUUCGACUCUCUCCAGCUCCUGACCGCAUUGCUAAGGUCGUCGCGAUGAUGCAGACGGCUCUGCAGUCGGAUUCUCUUGACCCAAUGGUGGCUCAGCGCUUAGCUGGAAAGCUUAACUUCUUACAAACCACGAUGUUUGGACAAGCAGGAGCAGCGGCUGUCAGGCCGAUUUAUUCUCGGGGCCAGGCAGUGGCCGGGUCUGCUGAGGUCCGCUUGAACAGCGCACUACGCUGCUCUCUUAAGUUCUUGAUCAAACUGCUGGAGGCCAGUAAGCCGAAGUGGAUACCUUUCUGCCCCACCCCGGAUGAUCAUUCCGUGUUGUAUGCUGAUGCGUUUUUCGAGCUGGGUGACAGCUCCUUCGGGCUUUCUGACGAACCCCCGCAACACUGGAACAAUCGCUCUUCGUGUAUGUAUCGCAACGGCUGGGGCUUUGUGGUGCGCACACCGCAUGGUGUGCGGUACGGAGCUGGCAGGGUUCCUGCUGAGGUAUUGUCACGCUUCACUAGUCGCAAAGCUUUUAUAUACUCUUUGGAGAUUUUUGCUCAGAUUGUGGCAGCGAUCACUUGUCAGGAUGUUUUGAGUCCUUUUUGGUUGGGUUUCUGCGACAACCAGGCCGGUCGGUCUGCUCUGGAGAGAGGAUACGGCCGCGAGGACUCCAUUAAUAACUUGAUCGCCUGUUUUUGGUGCGUGGCAUCUUUGAAGAAUUGGCAACCGCACUUCCAAUGGGUGCCCAGCGAGCAAAAUAUUAGCGACCCUUUCUCGAGGGGCGAUUCCUCGAUCGGCGAGACACAUGGCUGGUCCCAGCUUCACUCUGACUUCUCCGACUUUUGGCAGAUCUUGUUGCGGGUCGUCUCUGACUUCGAUUUUGCCGUUGGGGCGGUGCCGAAGGAUCUCGGCUCGAGUUGCCUCCUGAUUGUCGUAUCCGGUUGUGAUGGUGAAAGUCCAUUCACUGCCCGGGUGCCGACCCUCUGUGGUUUCGAAUAUCCGACAUGCACUUCGAUAUCCAUCCAAGGGCCCCGUAGCUCAGGAAACAUGCCGGCGACAAACGCAGAUACUCAGAAAUUAGUGGGUGUUAGCACCCUUAUGGUGGAGAACGUAGCGCGGCGCUUCGAAGGUGCCCUGAGCUCCAUGAGCAAGGCGGAGCAGAGCCUCAGUGAGGGCUCUGAUGUGGAGGAAGACCCCAUCGAGGACGCCACCUUCCAGGAGGCGAUGUCGGCCUACACCAUCCAUGGCAGGAUGGAGAACAUCGUGUGCCAGAUGGAGAUUCUCUUAGCUGAGGUUCUCGACACAUUGAAUGAAGAUGCCAUGGGCCAUGGCUUGGAUGUCCUCACUGGCAAAGCCAUUGGAACGGAGCUCAAGAAUCCACAUGAAAGCAAGGUGAACAUUACGAUGGAAAGAGUCGUCGAACUGCUCACAGCCUUGAGUUCCGAAGCCAAUCGCUUCGACUACGAUUCGUGGCUGGUCAUCGUGCGGGAUAACAACGACUACAUGGAAGAGUUGGUCCAGGAGUUUAAGGAGCAGAAGCACGAAAUCCGGAAGAUGCUCAUGAUCAAUUCGAUUGAGGCCAGUGAAUUCCUGAACAGCAGGCUCCUCAUCGCUGCGACGAACUUCACCAAGUGGUUCGAGAAGAUGCGUAAGCUCGCCGAUGAGUUCGAGGAUUUCGUGGCCAAGCAGCGGAUGACGCGAGGUGCACCGGAUCGGAUGCUGGCCAGGGAUCGUUUCCUACUCCAUUCUCGCCUGCGGAAAGAGACCUCCACAAGAAUGCACGAAAUCCGGGAGGCCUUGAAGAAGCAGGCGACCUCCAAUCACAACCGGCGUCUCGAUGCUCAGGUUGAGCUGAGGUUGAGUGACAGGCAGGACAUGGAAAGGGACGAGAGUGCUGCUUUCGAGCAUCACAAGCGCUCGCGGAAGCGAAAAACCACUGGGGAUGCAUCCACUGCCCGCCGUUCCUCCCUGGCGAGCAAGAGGAGCAGCCAUAUGGAGGAGCAAAUCUUCAACUACAUCCAGAUUGCACGACACCAUUUGGACGAGCUGUCUCUCUUGGUUCAGGAGAAGAACGAGAAGGAGGGUCGGGCCAAGGACGUGCUUUUGAAGUUGCACUUCAAGCAGCUCGCCAUGGAGAGAAAGAAGCUUCGCGCAGCGGCGAAGGGCUCCAGCACCUUCGGCUCCUCCGCCUUCGAAAGCGUGAUGCCUGGGAGAUCUGCGGCUUUGUACGCCCACAAGAAGCGGCAUCAGCAUGAGGACUUCAACGUGAGCAGCCAUCUGCUUCAGCAGGUCGCCAUCUCUCGGGAGCUGAAUGCUUUGACGGUGAUGGAGGCGAAUGGUGAAGAUGCCCUGAUGAAUGCUGAAACGCAGGCCUUGGGUGACCUUGACUCUUCGGAUGACAGCCCUCUUGCUGCUGCUGCCACUGCUCCGGCUCCCAUGUCGAAUUCGGUGGCGAAUGCCAUGCAUGCUGCUGAUAACAGGGCCCGAGAGGACGCACUUAGGGAUGCAGCCAGUGCCGCAGCGGCUUUGAAAGCAGCCUGUGGGAGCGAAGGGGUGGUGCCGGUACCUGCUGUGAAUCCGUAUGCACUUGCCGCCCCCGUAGCCUCCUCCCUGCCUCCCCCAAACCCUCCGUCGCCUCUGCAAACAGUGAUCAAGGAAGCUGGACAAGCCCUGGGAACCCCCAAAUCCAAGCCGAAGCGAGACAAGCAAACCGAAAGCCCCGAGAAGAAAGCGAAGCUGGCGAGUGAACGGUCGAGGCGAGGACUGGAUCCGCCGCCAUUGUUCGGAGGAGGUAGUGAUCCUUCGCGAGUCAGCCCGAAAACCCGAGAUGCCCCCGCAGGACCAGAGAUCUACCACCUUGAUCCCCAGACGCCCCCUACAUGGGUACGUGAUCUUCAGAACAUGGUUGCGACAGGCCAUCGAGAUCUUUUGUCGGAACUUCAGACCCAUAAGGUCCACAUCUCUGAGGUAGCUGCCCAGGUGCAGGGUAUUGAUAGAAAGCAAGAAGCUCUUCACCGAGCCCAGGGGGACAUGGCUACCCGGCUGGACAACAUGGAAGCUGAAGUCAGGGAUUUGAGAGCCAAGUCCAGGUCGGUUAGCCCGGCACCACACCGAGCCGCUGAACAGAGUCCACGGGGGUCUACGGCUGCCAGUACUGCAGGAGGUAGGCCUGUUAUCGAUGACCUCCAAAUUGUAAUUGGUGGAUGGGAUGAAGCGAGAAGGGGCGAGGUUGAACAAGAAGUCAGAUUGUUAUUUGAGGAGAUUGAAGCAUCCCCCCUCUUGCAGAACAUCACCAUACCCUUCGUCAGGACUCGGUUUGCUAGGGUGGAGCUCCUGUUCACGAACAGUAACCUAGCAGAAAGGAGACGUAUCCAGAGCCUCACGAUCAAUGCGCUUAAGCAGAAACUUGACGGGUAUGUGAGUAGUGUUCCGGGACAACAGAAGGCUAAACUGUGGGUAACACGCAAUCGUAGCCGCGAGGAUCGAGAGAAAAUCCGCGCAUUAGUAAGUGUCAAGGAGUGGGCUACCAAACACUUGUCGGAAGCCUUCAUUGAUUUUGACUGGUCGGGCCGCCUUUGGAUUCGAUCCGAACAAUGCUUGUUCUGGCAUCGCUAUAAGCAGCCGGAUGAGAACUCAAUGAUGUUGACAAAUCAAGCUGGUGAUGAAACAGGUUGGUUUGUAGAUGUGCGUCAGCUGGGUAGAUUACUCUCCAUCUCUCCGGAACAGGCCCGCGACGAGCUUCAGAAUUGA